UCCCCCAACAAUCCUUCCUGUCACUGAAGAGACAGUCCAAGCCAAGCACUCAGUUUUAGUUUUUUCAUUAUACGAUGCAAAGCCGUGUGUGUCGGUGUUAAUUCCUAACAUCGUUUCCAGGAAUUAAAUAGUAAAAUGCCAAUAUUUGAUGGGCUGGGAAGUGGAGGAGAGAAGACUGCGAUUGUUAUUGAUUUAGGAGCGGCAUACACAAAAUGCGGCUUUGCAGGGGAAACGGGGCCCAGGUUCAUAAUUCCAAGCGAGAUCCGGAAACCGGGGCAGCAACAGGCCACCAAAGUGGUUCAGUACAACAUCAACACAGAAGAGCUUUAUGCCAUCCUCAAAGAGUUUAUCCACAUAUUGUACUUCAGGCACCUGUUGGUGAACCCUCGCGACAGAAGAGUGGUGAUCAUCGAGUCCAUCCUCUGCCCAUCUCACUUCAGGGAGACCCUCACCAAGGUCUUCUUCAAACAGUUUGAGGUGCCCUCGGUGCUGUUUGCUCCCAGCCACCUCAUGGCCAUCAUGACUUUAGGCAUCAACUCUGCCCUCGUGAUGGACUGUGGAUACACAGAGACUCUGGUGCUGCCUAUUUAUGAGUGUACGCCGAUCCUGCCGGCCUGGGAGGCUCUUCCUCUUGGAGGGAAAGCCAUUCAUAAGGAAUUAGAUGGAUUUCUUGUGGAACAGUGCUCUGUAGACACCGACACCACCACUGGGCAGAGCGUGCCCGCUGUCAUUGGGGCUAUCCCAGAAGAAACUGUGGAGGACAUAAAGGUCAGAACGUGUUUCGUCAGCGACUUGCAGAGAGGCCUCCAGAUCCAGGAGGCCAAAUUUAACUUGGAGGGCACAGCAGAACGUCCAGCCCCGCCUCCAGAUGUUGAUUAUCCUCUGGAUGGAGAGAAAAUCCUGCAUGUCAAAGGAUCCAUUAGGGAUUCUGUGAUGGAGAUCCUGUUUGAGCAAGAUAAUGAAGAGAAAAGUGUGGCGUCUAUGAUCCUCGAUGCACUAGUCAAGUGCCCCAUUGACACGCGUAAAGUGCUCUCUGAGAACCUGGUGGUGAUCGGAGGCACAGCCAUGCUUCCCGGCUUCCUGCACCGCCUGCUGGCUGAGAUACGCCUCCUGGUGGAGAAACCCAAGUAUAGCGACGUGCUGGCUAGCAAGAACUUCCGCAUCCACUCCCCACCUGCAAAGCCCAGCUGCACCGCGUGGCUUGGAGGUGCCAUCUUUGGGGCCCUUCAGGACAUUCUGGGCAGCAGGUCAGUGUCCCGGGACCACUACAACCAGACUGGACGCAUCCCAGACUGGUGCUGCUUGAGCUCCCCUCCUCCUGAGUCUUUCUACGAAGCUGGGAAGACCCCUCCUCCGCUGAUGAAGAGAGCUUACUCUAUGGAAAAGUAAAGCACAGUCAGACGGUUCCUCGGCGAACAAUUCCCUCAUCUUUCCCGUAAAAUCUCCACACCUUUUCAGACUAAUGCGUUGACUUCACACACAGCCUUUUAAAUGUCAACUAGGUUUGUUUAUUUUGUUUCUUUUGCAGAUUAAAGACUAAAAAUGUGUAUUCGUGUUCUGCUGGUUUGCAUGUAUAUUAGAAACAAACCCUUGCCAUGGUGAAAUCUCUACAGUAUUCCACUGAAAGAGUAGGAGGACUAUUAUCCUGGUGCGUCAUCAUGCAUGAAAGAUAUCUAGACGGCACCAGCCUUUACUGGUUUGCAGACGAAUAUACAUUGAAGGAUUAGAUAAUUACAGAGUUGACAUUUUUAAAUGCAAACGUGUCUGCAGUCACAACAUGCAGGACGAUCUUGUACGUGUCUCUUCCCUCUUAGAUUUUUUUUAUUGGCAGUGGAUCAAAAGAGAAGUGAUGGUUUCAUCAGAAACGUAGAAGACGGCGACUCAUCAGAUUUUAAAACAACUAAAUGUUGCUUAAGUAAUCUGUUGUGCAUUGAAGUGAGAGAAAAAAAAAGUCACUGUAACUGGCGUUACCCAUGGAGGCUACAAAUAAAACAUUUUGCACUUAUUUAUUGUUUAUACGUGGCUGCAGGAGGUGGAUUUUCAUUAUGCCCUCAGAGCAAAGGGUGUAGAUCUGAUCAUUUUUACCCAUAUCUUAAAAUAAGUCUAGAUGGAUUAACAUCUAGAUAAACGCGCCAAAGGGUAUUGGAUGAAGUUGGGGAGUUUGUUUUUGCAUAUCCGACAUUAGCAUUAGGAGGGUUAUAGGAGUAAUUCAAUCACACGAUUCAGUCACACCCUUGACAAGAGGCGUAAUUCACUUAAUGUAACUGAAAAUGUAUUUGUUGCUGUUUAGGGCUGUUUAAAGCAUUCCUUUGAACAUUACUCUGUAAACCGUCAUGACUACAAAUAAAUGUUCAGAACUGAGUCUAA